AUACAGUUUGCACUCGCAGCGCUUCACAGGGUCGACGUACGGCGCCGCACAAAGCUGUUUUGACAAGUUCUCCCCCGCUAAAAGUUGUUUUCGUUGUUGUUCUUCAAACAUGCAGUCGGAAUCGGGAAUUGUUCCCGACUUCGAAGAUGGAGAGGAUUUACACGAGGAACCCAAAACGUACUACGAGCUGAAGAGUCAGCCCUUGAAAAGCAGCCCGUCGGAGCGGCGCGAUGCUUCCAAGCCUCCACUCAGCUCCUCGGCUACAACUUCGCGCAUCCUUCUGCGUCAGCAGCUGAUGCGCGAACAGCUUCAGGAGCAGGAGCGGCGGGAACAGAGGCGGCAGCAGGAAUCCCAGUACCCGCAAACCACAGCCGCGCAGACCCCCGCCAUCAAUGUCAGCGUGUCCGCACCGGCCGCUGCCCAGGUGCCCAUGGAAGUACUGAAGGUGCAGACUCAUUUGGAGAACCCGACCAAGUACCACAUCCAGCGCUCCCAGCAGCAGCAGGUCAAACAGUACCUGGGAAAGCUUGGCUCACAGGUAUUGAGCUUGCCCUGCCCCAACCAGUCCUCUGACCACGGGGGCAUGCCGCCAGGGCCGGGCAACAGCGCCCCUAACAGCCCUAUGGCCUUACUGACCCUGAACUCGAACUGCGAGAAAGAGGUUCCUGCUCUUAUUCUCUCUAUUUCUAAUGAACGCCCGAGCAUUUACUUGAACGCAUCCUUUUGCCAGAUGGAUGAUGUCAUCGACGACAUUAUUAGUCUGGAGUCCAGUUACAGUGAUGAUAUCCUUGGCCUAAUGGAUCCAGGACUUCAAAUGGCUAACACGAUCCCGGUGCCUGCCAACCUCAUGGACAUGUAUGGAAAUCAGGGUAUGUCACAACAAGGACUGCCUAUCAGUAACUCCUGUCCUGCUAACUUGCCCAACAUCAAAAGGGAAUACUCAGCGUCACAAUCACCGUCCGUAAUGCACAUGUUGGAUAAGUCUGGGUCAUGUGGCAAAUUCGACAACUAUCAGAGGACCGAAGGGUUUCCUGUUGCCGAAGUAAGAGCUCUUGCAAAGGAGAGACAGAAGAAGGACAACCAUAACUUGAUUGAGAGAAGACGACGUUUUAACAUCAACGAUCGAAUUAAGGAACUGGGAACUUUAAUUCCAAAGUCAAAUGACCCGGACAUGCGCUGGAACAAGGGCACCAUCCUCAAGGCGUCCGUGGACUACAUCAGGAAGCUGCAACGCGAGCAACAAAGGGCCAAAGAGCUGGAGAACUGUCAAAGGAGGCUUGAAAAUGCCAAUCGACAUCUCAUGUUGAGGAUACAGGAGUUGGAAAUGCAGGCCCGCGCUCACGGCUUGGCCGUCACGUCGUCGGCCCUCUGCUCGGCUGACCUGGCGGGCCGUAGGAUUAAACAGGAGCCCCCUUUGGAGGACUGUCACCAGGACCUGUACGCACUCCACCCCCGCACGCAUCAGCAGCACCACCGCGCCUGCACCCCGGAGAACCCCGGCGUGGCGGAGCGAAACGAAGGUCACCACGAUUUCUCCGACGGUCACUACGUUCACGGCAGGCCGGCCUCCAAACUCAACGACAUCCUCAUGGAAGACAACGUGUCGCCCGUGCGAGGCGGGGACCCUUUGCUCUCCUCCGUUUCGCCGGACGCCUCCAAGGACAGCAGUCGGAAGAGCAGCGUAAGCAUGGAUGAGCACGAGCAGGGCUGUUAGCGCCCCACACUGGAUGAUCACGUCCAUGCGGCUGCGUUCUGAGCUGCCGUUUUGUUUUUGUUUUUCUCCGUUUACACGUCUUCGGCUUUCUCUUUUUUUUUUAUAUAUUAUAAUAUGUGUCUUUUCAAGUUCUCCUCAGCCUCGGACUGAUUUUAAACUCUGUUUUAAUCAAAGUUUGAUGACAAUGAGCUACAUUUAGAAUUUUUAUAUAUGAAAGAAAACUUUUAUCUUAGGGUAGAUGCUAAAUAUGUUGAUUCCAAAGAAUCUGGGGGAAAUCACAAACGAAGGUAGCAUACCGCUGCUUUUUUUUUUUUUUAAAUCACAAGCAAUAAUAAUAGAAAUCUAUUACUGUAGUGCUUUACACUCCUUGUGUCUUAGAAGUCGAUUGUGCCGAUGCCUUAUUAUGAGAUGAGUGUUGUGUCGCUGGAAGUCAUCUUCACAUUUAAAACUCUUUCUUAACAAAUUAAAGAAGUUGUAGAUUCAAGCCAAUGGAUGAAUCGAAGAAAUUUGUACAUAAACUUUCCCACUAACAUAGAGAUUUCACCAUCACACAUUUUUGCACCCGAGUCACAUGAUUUUGAGGAUCUACCAAUACCAAGUCCCUAUCCGAUACCUCAGCAAUGUAUGAGGAGGGGUGUAGGAGCCACAUCCAAAUUAUUAUUUUUUUUUUUUUAACUUGAACAAAACUAUCCCAACAUAAUCGUCAUAUAACAGGUAGUACUUAGUGCAGCAGUGGUUCAAACCAAGUAAAAAAAAAAAAAAAAUACAAAUCCGUUUUUUUGUUUGUUUUGCAAUUCAGUUGUGCAGCAGAAAAUAUAGUUGCAAAACAAAUGAAAAUUCAGUUUUACAAACACACUUGUAUAAAUAAUAAAAUGUGUUACGUUAGUGUUCCCUUUAUUUUUUUUUAAGCAGUGUAUGUACUGUAUUAUACAGUAUAUUUAGUACAGUACAGGCCAAAAGUUUGGACACACCUUCUCAUUUGUGUGUUUUCUUCAUUUUCAUGACUAUUGACAUUGUAAAUUCUCACUGAAGGUAAUAAAACUAUGAAUAAACACGUGUGGAAUUAUGUAGUUAGUAGGGCUGUCAAAAUUAACGCGUUAACGGGCGGUAAAUAAAUUUUUGAAUUAAUCACGUUAAAAUAUUUAACGCAAUUAACGCAUGCGCAGAACGACCAACUCAACCAUUGCCGCGAACAGACUACAAUGGCGCCAUUUGAAGUAUAUUGAGAGCUAAGGGCAGAGACAAGCAAGUGGAGUGGACGCAGGUGUUACCGGCACCCGCCAAGGGGACCGCUGUUAUUUUCAAUGUGACCGGCAUUGUCAGAUUGAGCAGUGAGGAAGAAAGUGGUCGAGCGAGAGAGGGAGCGAGAGAGUAGAGAAAAUGCGCAGUUAGCGGCAGGCCCAAGUGCUGCUUCCCCACAUGCUUUUGUUUUGUUAAUAAAAGUGUUCACAAAAAGCAGUCUAACACCUCUCGGUGUUUAUAUGUUGGCCGCCGUCUUCCUCAGGAGGUAAGAGAAGGAACCGAGCCAUCUGACGACAGUGAGCCAACAUUAGGGUGACCAUAUUUUGAUUUCCAAAAAAGAGGACACUCAGCCCGGCCUUAAGAUACUUGAAUUUUACUCGAAGUUCACUCAAGAUGCCUUUAUCACUUUAAUAUAUUUAAAGUGUGCCCCCUCACUCUGGAUUGAAAAAUGCAUUUUGGAAAAAAAAAUAAAAUAAAAAUAAUGCAGACCCAUUGAAAUGUAGUCUAGUCAAUACAAUACACAUACACACAGUAGGCUAUGUGUCAACUAAACAUUUGUAUAAAUUACUAUAGCGACAAUUUUCCUUGACAAAUUCUUAUUCCCAUUCAAUUGAUAUUCUCAUUCAAUGUUCUAGAUUGCACACAAACAAUAACCGAAGUAAACUGACAAACUAUUCAACCAGCAUGUUUCCAAACGUAGCAGUUCAAAACUACGUUUCCCUUAAUGCAUAGCGUGGUUUAGCUUACUGAUAGUUAGCUGAGGCAAAAAUCAAACUUUGCUAUAAUAGUUUAUAAUCAUCGGCAGCGUAACGAUGCGACACCAAACGGGAUUUUACAGUCAAAGCUCCGACAGAAGUCAACAGUUGCCAUUAUAUACGUAUUUAUCGUAAAAAAAAAUUAACAACUGGGCAGGCGUUGUGGCCAAAACAUCAACCCAGUAGAUGGCGGUAAUGCUUCAUGAUGGGGUAAACUGCCAAUGAAAAAGAACUACUCCUUCCCUCCCUUCUAGUAGGAAUCAUGUCAACUGCUGCCACCCAGCAGCUGGAGGGAUUCUCUUCAAAUUGGUCCCGUGAAAAAUCAUAAAACCCGCCCAGACGACGAGGAUUCUACGUGAAAUUAGGACUUGUCCGGGCAAAAGAGGACGUUUGGUCACCCUAGCUAACAUGAUUCACCGGUCCAAUGGGGUCCAUAGCACUACCAUUAUCCUAGCAGGAUGAAUUGGUAACGCAGACAUUUAUUGUAGCCGCAUUAUUUAAAGGGUUACUCAGUUGCAUCUCUUCUACAUUUGUUAUAACUAUUGUGGCAAGCAACAUGAGGAAGCAUGACCAGGGAUGAUCAUUUACUUAACACCAUGACUUGUACUCAACACAGAGAAGAUAUAUCCUUUGCAGCAACCACUGUGACUCAUGGUUGCUCAAAUUCCCAUCAUGCAUUUGGGCAGUUAAGAACAUUUAAAUCGCUAUAGUAUCAUUUAGUGAAAGAACAACAAAAAUAAUAUUCCUAUCUCUCAAAAAUAAAUAAUGUUCACAAAAAGAAAAGUGCUCGAUGCAAAGAGAUCUGGCAUUCCCAAUCAAAAUGGCUAUGCAAAAUAAUAUGCUAUUACAUUAAGUUUAGCUAAAAAAAUACACUAGAUGGCAAUAUUUAGUCACAAUAUACAAACUAUCAAAAUUACUAUAAGUUGUACUCACAUUUAUCUUUUAUGAAUUAAAAGUCUAUCCGUGGAUCCCUUUCACAGAAAGAAUGUUAAUGUUAAUGCCGUCUUGUGGAUUUAUUGUUAUAAUAAACAAACACAGUACUUAUGUACAGUAUGUUGAAUGUAUUUAUCCGUCUUUUCUUUCCAUUCCAACAAUAAUUUACAGAAAAAUAUGGCAUAUUUUAGAGAUAGUUUGAAUUGCGAUUAAUUACGAUUAAUUAAUUUUUAAGCUGUGAUUAACUCGAUUACAAAUUUUAAUCAUUUGACAGCCCUAGUAGUUAGCAAAAAAAAAAAAGUGAAACUGCUAAAACCAUGUAUAAUAUUCUAUUACAUUUGCUCUGAUUACUUUAUUGCACACUCUUGCUAUUCCCUUAAUGCACUGGUUCUUAACCUGGGUUCGAGUAAGUGAGGGUUUUGGCGAAGGUAAAGAAGCGCAGAGCCCUAUUUUCGUACGCUGAUUAAAUUCAGGCAAAGUGGCUUUUUAGACGAGGUUUUGGACUGGUUUGCUCCCAAUUUAAAGCUGUAAUCCAUUUCCUUUAAAUCCUAGUCCUCAAACUAGGGGUGCACGAUAUCCAUUUUUUGAAACCAAUAUCAGUAACUUCCUGCUCCUCAAAGCCGAUACCGAUAUCGAUAGCUGAUAAUAAAUAUAUAAUUUUUUAAAUGUAUAACCUGAGUUUUGAACACCUGGAGAGUUUAAAAAAAAAAAAAAAACUAGUGGUGGAUUCAACAUAGAUUUGCCUUUGAUCUCACCAGAUUUUUCAUAAUGACAUGAACAAAACAGUGCGUUUCACUUAUGCACUCCCCAACAGUGAGCUAAAAAUUAAUGCACUUCCCAUAAACCACAAGGCUUUGUCUUUUUUUGCUUUUAUGGGAAGGCACUCGUCUUCAUAUUGUGAAAGUACAACAGAAAAAUACACACAUUCAAUACUCAAUAUACAACAAACUGCACAAUACACUUAUACACACAACUGUUUUAUGCAUAGCAUAGCACACUAGCUUGAGCGACUAAAGCAAUGGCUGGCUUCUAUAACACUACAACUCAUUAAGUUCUGUACAUAUGACCCUUCACCACAGAAGUAAACAUAUGUUGCACAUCCAUAUGUUAUCGUAAACAUAAAAUACUUACAGACAUAUAUUUCCGAGGCGGAAAAGUAACAGAAAGCAUUCACGAUUGUCAAUGCUGACGCUAGACACCGCAAGGUGUAAGUGAAUUAACCAGCUAGACACCGCAAUGUGUAAGUGAAUGAACCAAACUACUGUAACAAAAAAUAGAAGCAGAAAAUUAUUUUGACCAGCAGGUGGCAGUAAUGCCCCGCAAAUGGUCAACUGAUUUCCCAUACUAGUGUGUAAACUGUAAAGCCAGCACAGUACAUAUUAUCGGUCCUAUUCAUAAUGUUAUUGGAUUUAUCGGGAUGAUGUCAUAAUUCCUAUUAUCAGAUCGAUAAUUAUCGGACCAAUAAAUAUCGUGGACCAGUACCUCAAACUAAUUGGGGGAGGAACUGGUUUGCUCAGUGGAAGGUUGACUCGCACUUGAUAUGGGGAAAUACAACAGACCAAUGGGCGGAGUGGUCUCAAACUUGGACCUGUUUAUAAAACAUGCUGUCAAAAUAAGAAUUUUGAAAGGGGAUUUGCUAAAUAAUUAGCUUACUAACUUAGAUAUAUUGGUUUUGAAUUCGAAAAAGAAAUGCUUUAUUUUCUAAUUCCGAAGGGUUCGGUGAAUCCACAUGUGAAACUUGUAGGGUUCGGUAGCUUUAGCAAGGUUAAGAACCACUGUCUUAACGAGCUUCAAGAGAGAGUCACCUAAAAUGAUUUUUGACUUCACAGAUUCCACUAAUCAACCCUGAGAAGACAUACCUGUUACUGUCCCACCGUGCCACCUUCAUAAUGUGAAUUAUUUUUAAACAACAACGUAGAAAAAUGCUUGUCCUUAUUAAAUGCUUCAUUAAAUGAGUCCACUCAAAUCCGCUCACGCUGCUCUCUUAACUUACACAAUGAGUUGCCACAGCACACUUAUGCAGGUUUUAAGAUGAUUGACACAUGCGUGCCUUUGAUCAUAGAGCUACCAAUCUUCUCUGGCAAGAUCAAAGCUGCAAACCUGUCAAUUAUCAUUAACUUUAAGUACCAAACACAAGCUGGACAAUUUGGCCGCAGGAGGGAAGGUGAUAAGCUGUGGCGCUGUACGAGCAUGAAGCAGAAAAACAUAAAUAAAUUUUUACAUUAAAAACCCAAUCCUUUGCACCGGAUUCCGAUCCUCUGAAAAAUGAUGCGAUCGGCACUGCCUUUUCAGGGUUGAUUAGUGGAAUUAAUUGUUUUAUCAAUGGGGUUGGGACCUUCAUUUGUGUUGCAUUGAAUGAAGUGUGUCCAAACUUUUGGCCUGUACUGUAUAUGUAUACAGUGGUAUGAAAAAGUAUCUGAACCUUUUAGAAUUUCUCACAUUUCUGCAUUAAAUCACCAUCAAAUGUGAUCUGAUGUUCGUCAAAAUCACACAGAUGUAAAAACAGUGUCUGCUUUAACUAAAACCACCCAAACAUUUAUAGGUUUUAAUAUUUCAAUGACGAUAGCAUGCAAACAAUGACAGAAGGGGAAAAAAUAAGUAAGUGCACCCUGUGCCUAAGGGUAUUUAAAGAGCAAUUGUAACCAAUUUUUUACCAAAAAAUUUAAGUCAGGUGUGGGCCCAAUCACUGAUGAGCUGCCCUACCAACUAUAAAACACCUGGCUGUCUGAAGACCUGUGAUCGAGGAUUGUUGAUUUGUAUAAAAUUGAGAAGGGACACAAAGCCAUCUCUAAAAGUCUGGAUGUUUAUCAAUCGACAGUCAGAGAAGUUGUCUACAAAUAUAGAGAGUUUAGCACUGUUGCAUCUCUCCCAAGGAGUGGCUGUCCACCAAAGAUGAUGCCAAGAGUUCAGCGCAGAAUGCACAGACAGGUAAAAAGAACCCUAAAGUGUCUGCUAAAGACUUACAGAAAUCACUGGUACACUCCAAAAUCUCUGUGUACACAUCGACUAUAUGUAAAGCUAUGGCCAAGAAUGGUGUUCAUGGGAGGACUCCACGGAGAAAGCCACUGCUGUCUAAAAAAACAUUGCUGCUUGUUUAAUGUUCGCAAAAAGGCACUUGGACUCUUCACAGGCGUUUUGGCAAAAUGAUUUGUGGACUGAUGAAACCAGAGUUGAAUUAGUUCUGAGUAACACACAACGUCAUGUGUGGAGAAAAAAAUGGAACAGCUCACCAACAUCAACACCUAAUCCCCAACGUGAAGCAUGGUGGAGGGAGCAUCAUGAUUUGGGGCUGUAUUGCUGCCUCAGGGCCUGGACAACUUCAAUCCUUAAUGGAAGAAAACAUUCAAAAGUUUUAUCAUGAUGUUUUGCAGGAAAACCUGAGGCCACCUGUCAGUCAGUUGAAGUUAAAAAGAGGAUGGAUGGUGCAACAGGACAAUGAUCCAAAUCAACUUCAGAAUGGUUUCAGAAGAACAAAAUACACUUUUUGGAGUGGCUUAGUCAAAGUCCAGACUUUAACCCCAUUGAGAUGCUGUGGCAUGACCUAAAGACAGUGAUUCAUGCCAGACAUCCCAGGAAUCUGACUGAACUACAGCAGUUUUGUAGAGAAGAAUGGGCCAAGAUGAGUCCUGAUUGAUGUACCAGACUGAUUUAAAGCUACAGGAAGCAUCUGGUUGAAGUUAUUGCUGCCAAAGCGGGUGCCACAAAAUAUUAGAGAUGUCACGAUCCAUCGGCAUCCCGAUCGAUCGUGUCCGAUGACGUCAUUUUCAAAGUAUCGGAAUCGGCAAAAAAAUAUCGGACAUGCCUUUUUUUAGUAUAUAUAUAUUUUUUAAUUAAAUCGUUUUCUAAUUGUAUUUAAUGUUACAGACAUAAUAUGUUACACUCAUCCAGAGUCUUUAGUUUUGGCUUAAGGUAGGGUUAUCAAAUUUAUCCCGAUAAUGGCGGUAAUUAAUUUUUUAAAAAAUGUAUCACGUUAAAAGAUUUAACACAAUUAAUGCAUGCGCUGCACGACCCACUCACGCAUUGUCGCGCUCAAUCUGUAAUGGCGCCGUUUUACCUUUAUAGAGAGCUAAAAGGCAGCGUAAAAUAAGUAGAGUGAAUUUUGGAAGCCUUUGGAGUAUUAUUUUAAUUGACUAAAGCCUUACAAUCCCUCUCCCUACGAUUUGAAAUAUCGUGAGAAGUAAUGUGGGGAAGCAAGGUAGUAACUGAUCUUUUUCUUAACAGCUGAUGUUAUUUCCCAACGCAGAGAAGAUAUGUCAAUUGGUAGCACUACGCACAGUCAUGGUUUCACUUCCCAUCAUGCAUUUGGGCAUGGCUACAGUAUCAUUUACUGAAAGCUCAACAAAUACACUAGAUGGCAAUAUUUAGUCACAAUAUACAAAGUCCAUUUGUCCUUUAAGAAUUACAAGUCUUUCUAUCCGUUGAUCCCUCUCACAGAAAGAAUGUUAAUAAUGUAAAUGCCAUCUUGAGGAUUUAUUGUCAUAAUAAACAAAUACAGUACUUAUGUACUGUAUGUUGAGUGUAUAUAUUCGUCCGAGUUUUAUUCAUUUUUUUCUUAAUGCAUUGCCAAAAUGUAUAUGAUCGGGAAAAAUUAUCGGGAAUGAUUGGAAUUGAAUCGGGAGCAAAAAAAAAAAGCAAUCGGAUCGGGAAAUAUCGGGAACUGCAGAUACUCAAACUAAAACGAUCGGGAUCAGAUCGGGAACAAAAAAACAUGAUCGGAACAACCCUACAAAAUAUUAAAUGUGAUGGUUCACUUGCUUAUUUUCCCCUUUCUGUCAUUGUUUGCAUACUAUCCUCAUUGAAAUCUGAAAACCUAUAAAUGUUUGGGUCGUUUUAGGUAAAACAGUUUUUUCAUCAGUGUGAUUUUGACAAAAAUCAGAUUACAUUUGAUGGUGAUUUUAUGGAGAAAUGUGAGAAAUUCUAAAAGGUUCAGAUACUUUUUCAUACCACUGUAUAUGUAUAUAUGUAUUUAUACAUUAUGUAUAUACAUUAUAUAAAUUGAAAUGUCUGAAAAACCUGAUGAAAACUAUAUUUGCGUUUCUUUUAAAUUCACACACUACCAUUACCAGAUUUUCACAUCGAAAUUUCUGCUUUGCGAAUUACAAGGGUUAAUGGAAUCGCAACUAUUGAUAAACAGUUGACCACUUAAAACAUUCAAACUAAGACAACACAUUAAUCUUCCUACUUUUCUAACUGCUUUAAUAUUAUUUCAUCAUUUAACACUUUGGCACUGAAACACGGUCAUUAAUUAUCAGCCAUCCCAGUUAAAAUGAGCUUGAAUUUCAAAGAAAACAAAACACUGGAAUUUCUUCUGUUAAUCAAAUCAUAUUUUGUUUUUAUUUUUUUGUAUCUAGGCAUUAAGUCACUAUUGUUCUGGUUUCUCUGAACACUUACGCAGUAAUGUAUAAGAUUGCUUGUUUUUAGCCAUGUAUGACUAUUGUGUAUUUGAUCUCCAGCACUUGUAGCACAUUAAGUAAGCAUGAUUUUGUUCACCUGCCCUGUUACAACCCAAAUCUUCAUGUUGGUUAACUAUGUGCCUGUCGUUCGCGUCUUGACAAUAUGAUCUUUUGAAAUCAUUUAAGUGCCUUUUAGUGGUUUGUGUUACCCUGCUGACUUAAGAGGAACUGUAGAUACUGGCGUUAACUUUGUUUCAGAAAUACUGAUGUUUCGGGAGAAUCUGAAGCUGCUGUAUAAAGUUUUUGCAGUGAUUAAAAAAAAUACCAAAAUGGUUGUCGCAUGUAGAAGAAGAGCAGAUAACAUAAAGAAACCAAUGACUACUUAGAAUGAAUAAUCCUGGAAUGAAGUGAUGUACGAGAACAUUUUUGAAGAGGGGUGUCCAAACUUUUUUUCUCGGAAAAAUUGAAGGAUACAAGGGCCAACUUGAAAUCCCUCCACAUGACACUAUAUGUUGUCGUAUCGUAACGCACUAAUAUUGUUGUACCGAUACAGUAUCCGUACCGAUACAACGCUAAAACGACGUCUUAGGUAUCGUGGAACAUUAAAAAUAACGUGCCGUUGCUGCACACUUUGUCGUUUUCGAGCGCUAGUUUCCAACUGCUCGUCGCCUUGACCAAGAUGGCCGCCAGCUACACACGUUACUGUAAAGAAAAAAACUCUUCUCGCCUUUCCCAAAAUGAUGAUAGACGUGUAGCGUUAAAUCAUCUUUCUACUGUAAAUUGAAACAAGUUCACCACUUAUCGUUGUCCAAUCCAUUUGAAGAGGGAAAGCCGGCAGUGAAUGAACGGAAGUUACUUUACAUUCAAUUAAAUUUGCGGUAAUUUGGGAUUAAAAGAAUUGGUCUUUUCCUGCAAAAAAAAAUGUAUCGGUACAGCAUAGACUUCAUAAUGUAUUGAGGGGACACAGCGCCGAAAAAUAGGGGGCCUGCUCUGUUGGCGAGGCUGUUAAAGUUGACUGAGUGAAAUCACAAAGAGCUUUUUCUGUUGAAAGUUCUUGUGAGUAAAUGCUUAAAUCCCAGAACUCUUUAUAGAUAUGGAUGUAACACAGUCUAGAUUCUUGGUUACAAGCAGAAAAAAAAAAACAACGUACAGUUAGCAUUUAUUAUACGUUAAUAUGUCCAAAUACAAUGCUAGUCUGUUAGUGAAUGUAGCUAGCGGCCGCCUGAUGUAAACAGAGCUUUUCCGGUGAAAAUUCUUGUGAAUAAAUGCUUAAAUCCCCGAAUUCUUUAUAAAUAUGGACGUAAAACAGUCUCGAUUCUUGGUUAAAAGCAACAGCAAAAAACGUGCAGUUAGCAUACAUUUUAUGUAAACAUGUCGAAGUAAAAUGCUAGUCUGUUAGCGAAUAUAGCUAGCGGCCGCCUGAUGUAAACAGAGCUUUUCUGGUGAAAGUUCUUGUGAAUAAAUGCUUAAAUCCCCAAAUUCUUUAUAGAUAUGGACGUAAAACAAUCUUGAUUCUUGGUUAAAAGCAAAAAAAAAACAAAAAAAAAACAUGCAGUUAGCAUUUAUUUUACAGAAAUAUGUCGAAGUACAAUGCUAGUCUGUUAAUGAAUGUAGCUCGCUCUCCACCUGAGCUUUUCUGGUGAAAAUUCUUGUGAAUAAAUGAGAAUAAAUCCCCAAACUCUUUAUAUAUAUAUAUGGACGUAAAACAGUCUUGAUUCUUGGUUAAAAGCAAAAAAAAAAAAAUUCCAGUUAGCAUUUAUUUUACGUUAACAUGUCUAAGUAAAACGCUAGUCUGUUAGUGAAUAUAGCUAGCGGCCACUUGAUGUAAACAGAGCUUUUCUGGUGAAAAUUCUUGUGAAUAAAUGCUUAAAUCCCCGAAUUCUUUAUAGAUAUGAACGUAAAACAGCCUCGAUUCUUGGUUAAAAGCAAGAAAAAAACGUGCAGUUAGCAUUUAUUUUACGUAAACAUGUCGAAGUACAAUGCUAGUCUGUUAGUGAAUGUAGCUAGCGGCCACCUGAUGUAAACAGAGCUUUUCUGGUGAACGUUCUUGUGAAUAAAUGCUUAAAUCCCCGAAUUCUUUAUAAAAAUGGAUGUAAAACAGUCUCGAUUCUUGGUUAAAAGUAAAAAAAAAUGUGCAUUUAGCAUUUAUUUUACGUAAAUACUAUGAUGCCAAUGCAGUAGCGGCUAAUUUUUUAACAACCUUUCAAAAUGCAUGUAUGGUACGAAAAAUAUAAUAAUUACCUUGAAUCCUUCCUGUUUGUAUGCGGUACAGCUUUUGUACUUUUCCAACAGAAAUCCGGCGUUAGAUCGCUGCGUGCGUGUGUUUGUGAAUAGUUUCUCUUGAUGUGGGCGGCCUCCUACUUGAAUGGGAGGAGCAGUGCAUGACCGAUCUGACCCGUCAAUACAUUAUGAAGUCUAUAGGUACAGUAUAGCCAAAAAAAUGGUAUCGGUGCAAUACUAAUUUCAACAUGUCAGGUUUUGACAUGUGAGCAAAUGGAGAGACACUGUUAAAGUGACUAGCGCCAUCUGGUGUUGAAGCUGAGAAGCGCAAGAUAAUGUAGGCUGACUCAAGCUUCUUGUGCCUCAUAUUUAACGAUAUUUUCACAAUUUGAAGCAGUUUAAUAAAAGUUUGGGCACCCCUAUUUUAGAAGAAUGGCUUUUAAUGUAUGUGUAUCUCUUAAAUGUGUAUAUUUUACACAUUAUCAUCUUAUUCAGGCAAAUGAUUUCUUUAAAAAAUGGAUGCAAUGUGUACAACUUUUUUCUAAAUACUUUGUCUAAUUGUGCAACAAAGAACUGCACAACAAUCGAUUGAGGACUAUUCUGAAAUAUGGCAAUUUAUUAUCCUAAAAAGUGCUUUUGUCAAAAUGGAGGUCUAAUUGAAAGUUGAUUUUUACAUUCUUGCUAAAUGAUACAUCUCGGCUAAGUUAUAUUUUCUAUAUUUCGGACGUUAUUUAUUUUUGUGUUGAACACAUUGAGGUCAAUCAUCCCCAAAACUAACUUGAAUAGCACAAUGUUACUUCACUGUUAUUUCUGUUUGCCUGAAUGUAAUUCAAAUAUACUGUAAAGCCAAAAAUGUGCUGCCAGUGUGCCAAAGUUACUGCAAUGUAGCUGUAAUGUGUGUUACAAGCUGUCAAAUGUGCCUGAAUUUACACUGAACUCUUUCGGUGGCAUUGACGACACUAGACUUCCAAUAAUGUGUUGUUCAAUUGUCAUUCUGCUGUGAAUUGAAAUGAGUUUGUCACUAGUAGGCGUCCAAUCCAUUUCAAGUGGACUUCAAGAAGCCCUCUUGCUUCAAAUGUCAAUGGCAGCCCAACAGUUAACAAAUAUGCAUAAAGAUUUGGAGGAAUACUUAAGUACAGUACAUAAAAAGUAAACUGUAAACAUAGCUACAAAUUAUUUUCUUUAUUUUCCCUUCAGGCAUGACAAAUCCAACAACAUACAGCAUUUAUAUGUGUUUACAAUUAGUUCAACCCGAAAAGAAAAGGGCAGACGGGAGAAGCCGAAGCUUAUUGAGACCCGCUCCCAAUAUACCAUAGGACGCAGAAAAUAUCGUAUAACAAUUUUUGACAUUCAGAUUGCGUAGUGAUUACAAGGUUUUUUGUUUUAUUUUUAAUUUAACCAUCCCCCUUGAUUGUUCAUUUUCCCAAUAGUCCAUUGUCGAUCGUGUCCAUGUGAUUUUUAUGUUGAUUAGAUCCAGUAGAUCAGUUCAUAAUUCAGUUGUUAGUUUAUUCAGUUGAUUCGAUCCAGAGAAAAUGAAUAAUUCAUUAAAAGAACAUAUACAAUUUUUCGACUGAAAAUUAACAAAUCAUUCUAAAUAAUUUAAGUAUUUUUUACAUUUAUUUUGCAUAUUUUUUUCUAUUUUUUUCAUCUGUAUUCUUCAAUUUAAUUUGUUAUGUAUUAGGGCUGUCAAACGAUUAAAAUUUUGAAUCGAGUUAAUUAGAGAUUAAAAAGUUAAUCGCAAUUUAAACCAUCUAUAAAAUAUGCCAUAUUUUUCUGUAAUUUAUUGUUGGAAUGAAAAGAUAAGACACAAGACGGAUAUAUACAUUCAACAUACGGUACUUAAGUACUGUAUUUGUUUAUUAUAACAAUAAAUCAACAAGAUGGCAUUAACAUUAUUAACAUUCUCUUAAAGCGAUCCAUGGAUAGAAAGACUUGUACUUCUUAAAAGAUAAAUGUUAGUACAAGUUAUAGAAAUUUUAUAUUAAAACCCCUCUUAAUGUUUUCGUUUUAUUAAAAUUUGUAAAAUUUUCAAUCAAAAAAUAAACUAAUAGCUCGCCUUUGUUGCUAUCAAUCAGUUGGACCCAAGCGCCAGCAGAGGGCGCCAAACACCAAAAAACAAGUAACAAGCGGACAUUACACUCUGAUGUCAUUUUAAUCUGUUUGAGCGGGGCAUGUGCAUUAUUUGUGUCAAAUAUUUUAACGUGAUUAAUUUUAAAAAUUAAUUACCAUCAAUGCAAUAUUUUUGACAGCCCUAGUUGAUUCGAUCCAGAAGAAAAAUAAUAAUUCAUUAAAAGAACAUAUACAAUGUUUUGAUUGAAAA